UCAGCGACAGUCAGGUACUUGUAUCGUGGUUGUUGUAGAUCAGAUGCUCCAGGAUUUCCGAUAAUUUUGGGUUUGCCCGGUAAUACUUUCUCCUUCACUUUUGUGGGUCAAAUAGUCUAAGGUAGUUUUAAAUGUGUGUUGGUAUUACAUCUUCUUAAGCCUCGAUUGCUAUUAUUGUUAUUGGGAAAUGAAAACAAGUCGGUGUGUUGUUUCAAACGGAUGACGUUAAAUAUUAUUAUUAAUUAAGAAGAUGGGGAAGUUGAAGGCUUUUGAGAUUGUAUUUGACGGUAACAAAACUGUCUUCUAUCCGGGACAGCAAGUUAGCGGAAAAUGUGUUGUAGACUUGCGGGGUGAUAUGAAGAUGAAGUCCCUUUGUGUGUUUAUGCGAGGUGUGGCUAAGGUUCACUGGACAGAAUCGAGAAGUACUGGUAAUCGGCUUGGAGCAUACACUGAACAUUACAAUGCUGAGAUAGAGUAUUUCUUUAUGAAACAAGUUUUGUUCGGUGGAGAGUCUGGAGAAGGACGGGAAGUCCUAGCAGAAGGUCAUCAUGAGUUCCCAUUUUCGUUCCAGCUUCCAUCUGGUAGCAGCCUGAUGAUGACUCCAGUGAAAAAUGACAACAAUGCACAGUGCACAAGUGACAUUGAACAACUUCCUUCAGUUGGUGUUCAUGACGAGAGGCUAGAAAAUCUAACAGGAAGAAGAAAAGUUGACAUGAGACUAAUGGAAAUUCAUCGACUUUCUGCUCAUACACUUCAAUGUAUUCGAGGGGGACGUACUUUGUUCAUAAAUGAACAGCGUUUCGGGCUCGAAAGUAAUUUCCACUUUCGCUGCAGAAAAUGUGAAACAAAAGUCGUUGUUCAAUCAGAUCCAGCUCGUACACAAGGUGAAGGCAACAUAAAAUUUUCGUCAGUUUGGGGAUUCAUGGAACAGGAAGUGGCCCUGCACAACAAGACGAGAUCCUUUUAUUGUGUAAAAAAUCUCAUAGAUGAUCUAAAGAAUGGUCCAUAUGUUUUUGGAAGCCACGAAAAAUCUGUUGAAAAUGGAAGACAAAAUGAACAAAAUGCAAUUCUUGCGUAUACCACUGCUACAGGUAUAACUGUAUUUGUAGAUGUUCAAAACGAAUUCUUUGGGGCAUCGCCAGAUGGACUGAUCGGAGGUAAUGGAAUAUUAGAAGUAAAGUGUCCAAAAACUGCCAAGGGGGUUUCCACUUCAUUUGAAGGUAAAUAUGGCAGUAUUCGAUACUGGUUAAAGGCAGAGAUGGAGAAACCUUGGUCAUUCAAUCACAAGACUAAAAAGGCUUUUACCUUGAUCAGUCCUAUUGACAUAAACAGGACAGAGUAUUUGAUGAUGGUAGAAAACACUAUAGAGAAAACAUUAUGUUGUUGGUGUUGCACUUCAGGGCCCAUUUCCUUGUAUGCACGCACAGACAGAAAAGGUUAUUGUCCAGUCAUGAUGUUAAUAUCAAAUAUUUGCAUUAUUCAGAUCACUCUACAAAUCCCAGGAGCCUAUAAUCUGUCAAUGGACCUGCCUGUAGUGAUUGGAACAGUUCCCUUACGUACACGACCACCAAACUAUAGGACACUUCAGUCUAACAUGGAAAAUUUACCUAGAACUAAUGAAGCAAGAUUGACAUUUUACCCACCUGCACCUCCAUAUAGUGAAGUAGAGAUGUCCUCACUACCUGAUGAACCACCACCAAUGUAUGCUGAGUGUGUUGAAGGUUCAGUAGACAUUACUGAAGAUGAUGAUGAUAUUAUAGGAGACACUCGAUUUACACCAACGUAUGCCUAUGUACAUGACUAUCAGUAUCAGCCUCCUCCUGCUUAUUCUGAGGUCGACCCUAAUCCAGCUCCUGUAGUUGAAGAAGGACAGGGGUGAAGAUAUGUUAUUGACAUUGAUGUUUUGGACCAGAUGGGUGAUAAUAAAGUUAAAGAUGUGCCAUUUUAGCUACAUCUUGUAAGGAAGAUCAUGUGGGAAGUUAUUACUGUUGUCUUCUCAUCCUAUGACAGGCUAACUUCAGCACAUGGCUAGCUUUUUAUUAACAUGGGUUUCUGCUAGAUGGGCUACACUGCAAUGAGUUGUAAAAUAUACACCAUCACUAUCUUUAUUAGGGGUCAGGCCUACCUUUUUGUUCCAUUUGAAAAUUUAAAGAAUUGUCAGCUUUGUUGUGUGAAAUCAAUAUGCUUACUGAAUAUCAGAGCAGAAGAAUGUUUCACAAAUAUAUUGAAUAUAGCAUACUGUCAUAAACAACUUAAAUGUAUGUCCCAUCAACAUAUCAAAACAAAAAUAUUAUGUACAAUAACUUGAGUUGUAUGGAUAUUGGUAUUUAUAUUGCAGUUUGAAACUGCACUUUUCAGCAUUCAAACCAGAUUUAUUCUAUUUGUUGUUCUUUUGUGUUAAAACUCGGGUAGUCUUUCUUGUGUUUAGUUGGGUUUUUUUUCUUUCCUAGAUAAUGCUUGUUAAUGUUCAUAAUUUUACUUGUUAAAUACCAACUGUGAUGUUACUGUAUUUAUAUUUUAU